UUUCACAGCUCUGUCACGCCGGGUGACACCAACCCCCCUCGGAUAAAUAAAUAGCCUGCUUCGUUUGGCUUAUCGUGUCGACCACACUUUUCCUCAACAUCACUCACACCACACCUCAACCGAAGCCCUUGUCGCGAUUGAAGCAAUGGAACCGACAAACGAGAAGGAUUUCGAACAGACUGAGGAAGCAAACGAAGCCGGGGAGGAGGAUGAAGCCGUGCAGAACGGUCUGGAUGACAGCAGCGAGGAAGAAGAAGAGGGCAGUGAGGAGGAGAGGGCAGUGCGUGAAGGAUUUAUUGCUGAUGAAGACGAAGAAGACGCUGAGUCAGAAGAUGAGGAUCGCUCCUCACGAAAGCGAAAACGCAAACAUCGUCAUCGACACAAGCAUUCAGAGCGCAAGAGACAUCGCUCUGUUGCCAAUGAUGACGACGAAGACAAUGACUUGGAUGAAGAUGAUCUAGAAUUGUUGGCUGAGAAUACGGGAGUUCCUACGCAAAGGAAGGCUAAGAGACGAUUGCGACGCGCGGGAUCGGUGGCCUCUGAUAACAUCGAUCAAGAUGUUGAAGAUGAUCUACAUCGGAUUUUCGACGAUGAAGAUGACGGAUUCGAAACUUCUGCUCGCCCUCGUGAUACGCUUGGUGGAGAUGACCUAGACGAUUUUAUCGAAGAGGAUGAGUUCCCAGAGGAUGAACCUUCAAACUUACCAUCAAGACCUAGUAAAAGAAAAGAUAAGCACGUCCGCUCUUCACAAGGCACGACUGGACGCCAAAAACAGGCGGGUCGCUUGAUGGGCGCCCUGGCUCCCGAUGUCUCCGAUAUUACAAAAGAGUCCUGGGAUGAAGUCAUUGAAGUUCUCGGAAAUGGUGAUGACUACGCUUGGGCAUUGGAGAUUGAGGAGAAUCCCAAUCUGAAUUUUGACGGUGAUCCAGAUGGAGACGGCGAGGAUAUCCAAGCUAAAAAUGCGGCCGUACAAUUGAAAGAUAUUUUCGAACCGAGUGAAAUCAAGGAGCGUAUGUUAACCGAAGCUGAUGAAGCGAUCAGACUUCUCGAUAUACCUGAACGAACGCAACUCGCUUCAGCUGGACUUACAAAUAUCAAUUCUACGGAGCCAGUUCUUGGACCAGAAGAGCUUGAACGUGCAGCCGAAUGGAUAGCGCCAAGGAUUUCGCAACGAUGCAGUGAAUCUUUCAUCCAACCCGAUCGACACGGAUUCCCGCCCCUCAUGAAAGAACAUUUCCUCAUGGCCGUGAAGGACGUUUUGGAUUUUUUCCUUAGCAAAUACUUUGAAGUCCCUUUUGUCUUUAUGCACCGGCAAGAUUAUAUUACCUACCACGACCCCAAAGGACAUGAUGCUCAAAGUCGAGACAUUCAGUUCCUGACCCGUGAAGAACUUUGGAAAGCCCAUACUCUCUCCUUGAAGUAUGUUGCUCUGCUUGAGCGUAAGAAGGGCCUCAAGCGACUGUUCGACAAGCUCGGGACUGAAGAUGAUUACUUCGAAGAAUGCUUUUCAGGCAUCCAAUCUGUUGAAGAGGUAGCUGAUCUGAUGCAGUGGCUUACCCUGAAAUAUGGACAUCGAUUGCGUGAAGCACAAGCUGAUGUUCGUGACGAUGCUGAUGCCUUGGCCGACCUCGACGCCGAAGGUCUCAGCGGACCUGCUACCGAGGCCAAGAAGGCUGUCAGAUAUAAAAAGGCACUACGUGAAAGUCGAUAUGAACGCGCCAAAAGCACAAAUAUUAAUCACCUUUCCAAAGAAUUUAGUAUCUCAGCCCGCGAACUCACCACCAACUUUUUGAAACACGACAAAAUACAUAAGAAGGAUGACCCACCCUUACAACCGCUUGUGUAUGCUGAAACAUUUUGCGAUCCGGAUACAGAGUUCGAAGAACCCAAGAAAGCAAUUGAAGCGGCCAAAUUUAUUCUUAGUACCGACAUUGGACGUGACCCAUUACUUAAAAAGCAUGUUCGGCAGUUAUUCAGAAACCAUGGGGUAGUUACGGUAGCGCCAACUGAAAGUGGGAUUCACAAAAUCAACGAGCUUCAUCCUUAUUUUGCCUUCAAAUAUCUCAGUCAGAAGCCCUUUUCGGCUCUGAAGCACUCUUCUCAAUACCUUCAGAUUAUGGCCGCUGAACAAGAGUUGCUAGUCAAUGUGCAAGUGCACCUCAGCCCUCAAACUGACCGCGACAUCAAAACCGAGCUGAUCAACAUGUUCAAGUCCGAUGAUCCUUCAGACGAGUCAGCUCAAUGGAAUGAACUUCGGGAAGAGAUUUUGAUGUUUGCGAUCGAGCAUAUGUUAUUACCAGAUGCAGCCCGUUGGGCCAAAAACUACUUGAAGGAUGAAGCUGAAGAAUACGUGGCACAGAAAUGCGCUGAUGAACUUGAGUUUCGCGCGGAUAUAGCUCCUUUCCGUCCAAAUCAUCUCUUUGACGGCGAAAUUCCCUCUGUUGUUGCUGUUUCAAACGGAGCAGGUGAUCCAAAGCGUGAUUCAGUUUUUGUGAUCUUCAUGGAUAGACAAGGGCGGUUUCGAGAUCACAUGAAGCUCGACAACUUGCGCGAUCCCGAUCCACGCCAAGCCUUCUCAGAAUUUCUAAAAAGCCGUAAACCAGACGUUAUCGUUGUUGGUGGAUUCAGCGCGUCCACCUACAGGCUAUUGGGAGACGUGAAGACUGUUUCGGGUGAAUUAUCUGAACGCAUGAAAUCCGAAAUGCAAAACGCACAAGGCGAACUAACUGCCGAGGCCAUCAGUAGACUGAAUUUCCCUGUCAUCGUUGCUAGAGACGACACCGCGAGAUUAAACCAGCAAGGCAAACGGGCUGAAGAUGAAUUUGGGGAGCUACCACCUCUUGGAAGAUAUUGCGUCGCCUUGGCCCGAUACGUCCAGAGUCCGUUGAAUGAAUAUGCUGCUGCUGCAUCGGAUUUGACUGCGAUAUCCUUUCACCCCGAUCAACAAUUCCUACCAAGAGAGACUCUUCAAUUGUACUUGGAACGCGCUCUGGUCAAUAUAGUUAACGCCGUUGGUGUUGAUAUCAACAGGGCUGUCAAUGACCACUAUUAUCAGUGCCUCCUUCAGUAUGUCUGUGGACUUGGUCCGCGAAAAGCUCAGAAAUUGAUCAAGUCAAUCAAUGCCAACCCGCACAUUGAAGGUACCCUUAGCUUGAGGAAUGAGUUGAUCACUGAGAACUUAGUUACCAAAAACAUCUUCUACAAUUGUGCCGGAUUCUUGCGGAUCAAGCAGGAUGAUCUUCGCCCGAAUCGAAAUAUCGAUCCCGACAUCUUGGAUGAUACGAGGAUACAUCCUGAAGAUUACGAUGUUGCACGUAAGAUGGCUGCUGAUGCUCAAGAACUGGAUGAAGAGGAUCUUGCCGGGCAGCUACCGUCGCAAGUAGUCAGUGACUUGUUGGCCGCCGAGGGCGGUCAUGGGGCGUCGAAGUUGGAUGAUCUAAAUUUAGAUGAUUUUGCUGAUGAGCUUUGCCGUCUGAUGGCGCAAAAGAAACGAUUAACCCUCUAUCAGAUUAGGUCUGAGUUGCAAAAUCCAUACCAGGAAAUUCGGGCUAAGUUUGAGCCAUUGACACCCGAACAGAUGUUUGACCUCUGGACGGGCGAAAAUGAAGCGACACUUUCUCAGGGAGCGAUCAUACCAGUUAAAAUCACGAGAGUCCGUGAUCGUGGCUUGGCUGUCCGACUGGAUUCCGGAAUCGAAGGCUUCAUCGAUCAGAAUUACAUGGUGGAUGAAGGGACACCCGACAUGAGCAAAUUCCCAGUUGGAUCGACAACACAGGCUAUAGUUAUGGAAAUCCACAAGGACCGUUUCUCGGUGGAACUCAAUUCUCAACCCAAAGUCGUGGAGGCUGGUGCGACAUAUCGAAAAAAAGUGGAAACUGAUCAAUAUUUCGACAUUGCUCAGAUGGAAAUCGAUAAAGAUCGAGUGGAAUCGAAAAAGAAACCGGGUAAUCGUCGGACUCAGAGAAUUAUCAAGCAUCCCAACUUUCAUAACUUUAACGCUGGACAGGCUGAGCAGCACCUGGCCAACUUACAACGAGGAGAUUGUGUGAUCCGGCCUAGCUCUAGAGGUACUGAUCACUUGGCCGUUACAUGGAAGGUAGACACGGGCAUUUACCAACAUAUUGACGUACUGGAGCUUGACAAGCCCAACGAGUUGUCGCUCGGGAGGAUUUUGAAGAUCGGAGGUCGAUACUCGUAUUCAGAUCUUGACGAACUGAUUGUUUCUCAUGUCAGGGCGAUGGCGCGGAAGGUUGAAGAAAUGAUCCAACACGAAAAAUACAAAGGAAGCUACGAUGACAUGUCCAAUUUUUUGAAAACUUACCUGAUGGCGAAUCCCGAUCGCUCUACCUAUGCAUUUUGUAUUGACAAAGAGGUGGCUGGCAAUUUCUUGAUUGGAUUCAAAGCCAACAAGAAUUCUCCAAUGCAGACAUGGAACGUCAAAGUAUCACCUGGGGCGUAUGAACUCCAUGGUACUCAAGCUGGAGACAUGCUGUCUCUAUGUAAUGCCUUUAAGACCCAAUAUACCGCGCGAGCAGCAGCAGCUACGGCAGCUGGGCAUGGAGGCAGGUCUGAAAUCUAUGGUCGUCAGACGCCGUCACUUGCUCCCAACGGGCGCACCCCGAUUCAUGGUGGCCGGACCCCCAUGCUCACCAACCGCACACCCCUAGUUGGUAGUCGAACUCCACUCGUAACGCCUCGGUACCCGGGCUCUACACCCCAAUAUCCACCUCUGCCUCCUGCUGGACAAACCUAUCAGCAGCCGGUACCGCCGGGUUAUCCUAUCCCGCCUCCACAGCCACCGCCUCAAGGAUGGAAUGCUGCCACACCCUCCUACCCUCCGGCAGGGGCUCCAGUACCACCACCGCCACAAGGAUAUUCAAAGUAUAUGAAUCCACCUCCUCCCGUUCCACCAAAUCAAUCAUCAGAUUGGGCACCGCCUCGUCAAGGAUAUGUGUAAGAUAAUGGCAGCAACUCACUCCAGUUGAUAUUUAUUGUUUUGUUUAGUCUACUUCACUCUAUCUAUCUUGUAUUGAUUUGAAUUAGAAUUUAAUGGCAACCAAGUAAGAUGGUUGACAAGAGCGUCC